AUGUUCAACAACAACAGCAAGAAAGGGACGAUAGAAGAGACAGAGAUGGAGGUGGUGAUGGUAAAUCAGCAUCCAAUCCCAUUUCCCAAGAUUAUCAAUUCAAAUCGCUCCUCACUCCAUGCCCUUACAAGAAACAUCCAGCCAAUACCAACAUUAAAUUCACCGGCAUUGUCUCGAGCAAGAAGGGUCUCACAAGUGCAGCCUGGGGCCUAUGCUGUGGAUGGGAUCAGACCAAUGUUUGAUCUCCCAAGAAGUAUGCCUACAACUGCAACUAUUCCUGACAUUGAAGUGCUGGGGUUGGAAUUGGUGCCUACAUCUCAAUGUGACAGAGACCACGAUAAUGGUAUUAUUAUUGCUGACCUAGUUGAUGACUCAGAAAAUGGGGAGAUUCCAACUGCAGAGCCAAUGACAACGAAGGCAAAAAGAUUAUGGAAGGAGAAACUAUUCUUAUUCCUUUCCCUGGAAGCCAUUGUUGCCAUUGCCAUUGUCUCUAAUAUCCUCUUGGCAUUUCUUCUGGCUCCAAAAUCAAGCAAUCAAACCGAGUUGGCAAACCAGCAAAAUGGAUUAAUUCCAAUACAAGAGAAUCCAGGGACAAUAGCUCCAAUCGCACAUGCUCCAUUAUCGCUACGGGAAAUACUCAAUCUACCUGAAUACACCCUCAGGGCUAUGGAAAAUCCUAGGUCUUCACAGACCAAGGCAUAUCAAUGGCUAAGCAACAAUAUCAACAACUCCAACAAUACACAACAUCUCCCAGUAUGGAGACUGAAGCAAAGGUUUGCAUUGGCCACAUUUUUUUAUUCAACACGGGGGGACUAUUGGGUAAAGAAUCAAGGCUGGCUGGAUUGGGACAUCAAUGAGUGCAACUGGGAACAGCUACAAUGGUUUAAAGGAGAGCCGGCUUGCGAUGACACUGGGCAACUCCUAUCUUUGCAAUUGGAACUGGGUCGGCUACGAAGAUUGGAAGAACUAAGGAUUUCAGGUGGCGAGCUUUUUGGGACUUUACCUACUGAACUGGGCAACCUAAGGAACCUGACAACUCUGUCAUUUAGUUCAGGAAACUUCUCAGGGUCAAUACCCACUGAGAUUCUUCAAUUGUCGAACCUGAAGACCGUGAGUAUCUUAGAGUGCCCUCUAUUGGAUAUGACAUCUUUCCUCCCUGAGGUAGAUGGAAACCUGCACAAUUUGGACACACUAACUCUAAUCGGUCGGAAACCUGGGAAGUUCACAUCAAUCCCAUCUGAUAUUGGCGAGCUGACAGACCUGGCAACCCUGCUUUUGCAAGACUUUCAACUCAAUGGCACAAUUCCAAGUGAGAUAGGAUUGCUGACAAAUGUAAAUACCUUGGUCUUGAUGAGGAACUAUAUCACUGGGACUUUACCAGAAGAGUUAUCAAAGAUGCCACAGCUGAAAGUGCUGGUCAUUAGUUCCAACCAAUUAGAAGGCAGACCACUGGAACAAGAUGUGCUCCCCCAACUCACCCAGCUACAGUGGUUGCGUAUCGACGACAACCUUUUCUCAGGCUCUAUUGCAACAGAAAUUGGUUUGUGGUCUAGCCUUGAGAAGCUUGAACUGCAAAACACGCAAAUAUCCGGCACUCUUCCCACCGAAUUGCUUUUGUUGGACAACUUGACCAGCCUGGUUGUCAUGAACACAUCCUUGACUGGCAGUAUCCCUGAUGGAUUGUGUGAUGUCAUACUCUCGCCACAUGAAAUGAAAAGUUUUGGUGGGAAUGACUAUGCCGUUCCAACCACCAACCUGUCAGUCUGCUAUGGAACCCGUCUAUGUGGCUGUACUUGUGAGCAUUGCCCAAAAGCAUGA